GUGAAGUAGUAAGAGUAUAUUCUCAAUUUGCAUGAGAUGAGCAGGACUCUCUUGAUUGUGAUAGUAGGGACAUGCAUAGGCUUUGUGGUUGGAGUGGGUUUAGCCUUUUCAAUUUUCUUCUGCUUCAGAUGUGGAAGGAAGCGGUGUAUGAAGGUGGAGAAGAGUGGUUCAAUGAGAACCAUUCCUGUUCAUGUCAAAGAGGCUGAUUCCAGCACAACAUUAUCAGACUCCAAUGUGGCUCUGGAGUCACCCAGAACAUCUGAGUGGAGUAACAUGCCUUUAUGGUUGGAAGGACUUAGGAGGAAGAAUGUGGUUUCAGCAUGUGGAAUUCCCAAAUAUUCUUACAAAGAUAUACAAAAGGCUACUUCUAAUUUCACAACCAUCAUAGGCCAUGGAGCGUUUGGUCCCGUUUACAAAGCGCUCAUGUCUACAGGUGAGACAGUUGCGGUUAAAGCUCUUGGUACUAAUUCAAGGCAAGGAGAAGAGGAAUUUUUAACUGAGGUUCUAUUACUAGCAAGAUUACAUCACAAAAACCUUGUGGGUUUAGUGGGAUAUUCUGCAGAAAGAGGGCAGCAUAUGCUUCUUUACAGUUACAUGAGCAAUGGCAGUCUUGCUUCUCAUUUGUAUGGCAAAAAUCAUGAGCCAUUGAGCUGGGAUUCGAGACUUAACAUCGCACUAGAUGUUGCAAGAGGACUGGAAUAUCUACAUCAUGGGGCUGCUCCUCCUGUUGUGCAUCGUGACAUCAAGUCUUCCAACAUACUGUUAGAUGAGUUUAUGAGAGCUAAGGUCACUGACUUUGGACUUUCCAGACCAAAGAUGAUCACGCCUCGUAAAUCAAAUGUCAGAGGAACUUUUGGAUAUCUUGAUCCUGAGUACAUGUCUUCAAAAACCUUCACUAAGAAAAGUGAUGUUUACAGUUUUGGUGUGCUACUUUUCGAGCUUAUUACGAGCAGGAAUCCACAGCAAGGGCUCAUGGAAUAUGUAAAUCUAGCAGCCAUGGAAGGUGAGGGUAAGAAUGGAUGGGAAGAAAUUGUGGAUUCGCAACUAAAUGGAAAAUAUGAUGUGCACAAGCUCAAUGACAUGGCUUCUCUUGCAUUUAAAUGUGUCAAUGGAGUUUCCAAAGUUCGACCUUCGAUGAGGGACGUUGUUAGUGAACUAUCUCAGCUGUGUAAGAAGCAUAGUAGAAACGAUAGCCAAACAUCUCUUGCUACAUUAAAGGAAGUGUCCAUUGAAGUGGAUGACCUAGAAACUCAUGAGUUUUCAUCAAUUGAGUGCUCAAAGGCGCUGCGCAGAUUGCAUAGCCGAUAAUCUUUGCAGUUUUCCAGUGCUUUUGAAUGUUUAAAUACCUGCUUCGAAUUUUGUUCAAUUGAUUAAAGAUUAAGCUUC